AUGAGCGAGCAUCAAUACCAGACCAGAAGCAAAGGAACUACGUUUGGGAAUCAAGAUUUGGACUUCUCGGACGAUUCCGUGGCUACAAACAACUCAGACUACGACAUUGAGGGUUUUGAUGAAGAGGAUGAUGGCGACUACGGUGUCAGCCAGGGUACGAAGUCGAAGAAUGGGGCAGGAACACGCAAAAAUGGUAAUAAUGGUGGCAGAAAAACGGGUAAGAACGCACGAGUAUCGAAAGUUUCUAGCACAAACGAGACGCUGAACAAACUGGCAGCCAAGGACCAGAAUUUCCUGCACGGUUUGCAGCGCGAUGCGCCUGCAGACUUCGUGCCCGAUGUCGUUUCUGGGCUGUUCAGAGCGUCGGAUUUCAGCUAUUUGAAACUUAAACCGGACCACGCAUCACGCCCGCUGUGGAUCUCACCGGGCGACGCCCGUGUCAUUUUAGAAAGUUUCUCGCCGCUGGCAGAACAGGCCCAAGACUUUCUUGUCACUAUUGCUGAACCCAUCAGCAGACCCUCCCACAUUCACGAGUACAAAAUCACAGCGUACUCGCUGUACGCAGCGGUGUCCGUGGGGCUGGAGACUGACGACAUUAUCGCAGUCUUGGAUCGGCUUUCCAAAGUGCCCGUGGCGGAUUCGAUCACUAACUUCAUCAAGAGCGCCACCGUGUCGUACGGUAAAGUCAAGCUCGUUAUCAAGCACAAUCGUUAUUUCGUGGAAACUUCACAGGCCGAGAUCUUGCAAAUGUUACUCAAGGACCCCGUGAUUGGUGCGCUCAGAAUAGACUCCGAGACCUCGGCAGCCUCUGCAGCUGCUGUGAAUCAGUCCUCCAAAGUCGACGGGACAGACGCAAACGGCAAAGACGCGAAGGUCGAUCCUCACGACGUAGAGGCCGUUUUCUCGUCUGUCGUGGGGGAACUGCAACUGGACGAUGACAACGAAGACAUUGAUGCUGUUCACGCAUUCGAAAUUGCGAAUGAGUCCGUCGAAAUCGUGAAAAAAAGGUGUCAGGAGAUAGAUUAUCCAGUUUUGGAAGAAUACGACUUUAGAAACGAUCACAGAAAUCCUAAUUUGGAUAUUGACCUCAAGCCCUCAACUCAAAUCAGACCGUAUCAAGAAAAAUCUCUGAGCAAAAUGUUCGGUAACGGACGUGCUAGAAGUGGGAUUAUCGUUUUACCCUGUGGUGCGGGGAAAACGCUGGUUGGUAUCACGGCCGCAUGCACCAUUAAAAAAUCCGUCAUUGUUCUCUGCACCUCGUCGGUGUCAGUAAUGCAAUGGAGGCAGCAGUUUUUGCAAUGGUGCACCUUACAACCUGAAAAUGUAGCAGUUUUCACUUCCGAUAACAAAGAGAUGUUUCAAACAGAAUCGGGUUUGGUGGUAUCUACAUAUUCCAUGGUGGCCAACACAAGAAACAGAUCUCACGAUUCCCAGAAAGUAAUGGAUUUCCUCACAGGUAGAGAAUGGGGAUUCAUCAUUUUAGAUGAGGUGCACGUUGUUCCAGCUGCCAUGUUCAGAAGAGUUGUGACUACUAUUGCUGCGCACGCAAAGCUGGGGCUGACUGCGACUUUGGUUCGUGAAGAUGAUAAAAUUAGCGAUUUGAAUUUUUUGAUUGGUCCCAAGUUGUACGAAGCAAACUGGAUGGAGCUUUCUCAGAAGGGCCACAUUGCCAACGUGCAGUGUGCUGAGGUCUGGUGUCCCAUGACAGCUGAGUUUUACCAAGAGUACCUACGAGAAAACGCAAGAAAGAGAAUGUUACUGUACAUCAUGAACCCCACAAAGUUUCAGGCAUGUCAAUUCCUCAUACAAUAUCAUGAAAAAAGAGGAGAUAAAAUCAUUGUGUUCUCAGACAAUGUUUACGCCCUGCAAGAGUAUGCUCUGAAAUUGGGCAAGCCGUUCAUUUAUGGUUCAACACCUCAGCAGGAACGUAUGAACAUUUUGCAGAACUUUCAAUUCAACGAUCAAAUCAACACCAUAUUUCUGUCGAAAGUCGGUGACACUUCUAUCGAUUUACCAGAAGCCACCUGUUUGAUUCAAAUAUCCUCUCAUUACGGUUCUCGUCGUCAAGAGGCCCAAAGGCUAGGAAGAAUUCUCAGGGCCAAGAGACGUAAUGACGAAGGUUUCAAUGCAUUUUUCUAUUCUUUGGUAUCGAAGGACACUCAAGAGAUGUACUACUCUACUAAAAGACAGGCGUUUUUGGUUGACCAAGGUUACGCCUUCAAAGUUAUAACACAUUUGCAUGGUAUGGAAACGCUUCCGAACUUGGCUUAUUCAACGGCUCGUGAACGUAGGGAAUUGCUGCAAGAAGUCUUAUUGAAAAAUGAGGAAGCCGCAGGUAUCGAAACUGGUGAUGAUGCCGACAACAGCGUUGGCCGUGGAGGUCCAGGGAACAAAAAGGCGAAAUCGAAAGCUGUUAGAGGUGAGGGCUCCUUGUCUGGCCUUGCUGGUGGUGAAGAUAUGGCGUACUUAGAGUACUCUUCGAAUAAGAAUAAAGAUUUGAGAGACCACCAUCCGCUAAUAAGGAAAAUGUAUUAUAGAAAUAUGAAGAAAUAG